GGACACGUCGGCGUUGCUCUAGACUGGUUACCUAGUUCUGUGCUUACUCGAGUUUAAUUGGUAUCAGAUUAUGGAGACUUUAUACAGUAUACCUUUCGCAGUGUUGGAAUGUCCAAAUAUAAAACUCAAAAAGCCAUCAUGGUUGCACAUGCCGUCCGCUAUGACAGUCUAUGCGAUAGUUAUUGUAUCGUACUUUCUCAUCACGGGAGGCAUCAUCUACGAUGUCAUUGUGGAACCACCAAGUGUGGGUUCCAUGACCGAUGAACAUGGUCACCAGCGGCCAGUCGCUUUUUUGGCGUACAGAGUGAAUGGCCAGUACAUUAUGGAAGGGUUGGCUUCCAGUUUCCUCUUCACCAUGGGAGGCUUGGGCUUCAUAGUCCUGGAUCGCUCCAAUGCCCCAAACAUCCCUAAACUUAACCGCUUCCUCUUGCUGUUCAUUGGUUUUGUCAGCGUCCUGCUCAGCUUUUUCAUGGCCAGGGUGUUCAUGAGAAUGAAACUGCCUGGAUACCUCAUGGGUUAGAUGACAGACAUGGCUCAUUACCAAGCUGGUGUGUGACUGCCAAAGACAAAUGGAAGUUGCGCAUUCACCCUCAAUUCUGGACUGAAGAUGCAGUUGAUUUAAGACCAAUCUAAGUAAUAAUAACAUUUAUGUUGUAAAUGUAGAAUUGACAGUAACAUCUUACCCUGAAAAUACACUUAACUAUGUUUGGUAACAUAUUGACACAAAGGGUGCAACUCAAUAAUGAAGAAGAUUCUCACAUCAUUUCAGGGAGAAACAAAGUUACUUAUCUGUUCUGGUAAAUAAAUAUGAAUCUGGUGUUGUUGGAGUUACCAUUUUGCAGUUGAUUCCAUUUUUUUAAAAUUCCUUUGAAAAUGCCAUUUUUUUUAUUUGUUUGGAACUGAAAUAAAUGUUCUUCUGUAAUGUUUGUCAUUCUCUAAUCAUGUUUUCUAAUAUUCUAGUGACUCUGUUAUAUUUAUGUUUACCGUAUUGUCACAGAGUAGACUCCAGCUGAGGUGGGGAGAUGACAUGAAAAUGUAACACAGAAUUAUACCAAAUUAAUUAUUGUAUAGAUAUUGCCUAUCAAAAUUAUUCACACCUCCUUGGAUAUUCCCACAUUUGUGACAACAUGAAAUUAUAAUGGAUUUAUUUAGGAGUUUUUACCACUGAUCCACUGACUACAAGUCCAUAAUGUCAAAGUGAAAAAUAAAACAUGCCUCCAUUUUCUAAAUAAAAAUAAUUGAUUGCAUAAG